GAUUCACUCUUCUCCGUUUCUAGUACCGUAAAACGCAGAGUCGUUUCGUUUCGCACGGAUCGCGAAUUCAAGUUUUGUGCUCAAUUGCUUUGCUCGUAAACAUACCUCGAGGACUCUGAGUCAGAACUAGUGAUAAUCGAUUCUAUACCAUGCCGUCCCUUCAAACUGCUCUGCCUCCUGAGCUCGCCAACAAUGCUCUUAGGCUCUACCGUGAAUGUCUUCGCAGAGCUAAAUAUAUUGGUCAUCGGAAACAUAACACAGAGCUUCUUGUUGAUAUGGUGAGACAACAGUUUAAGAAACACAAGCAUGAGACAGAUCCUGAGAAGAUUCAGAAGUUGAAGGAUGAUGCUGCAAGGGGGCUUAUCAAUCACAUAUUGUAUGAGUCAGAGCAAAUGACAGGUUCUAAAUUUAGCAAGACUAAGCAGCCUAACAAAUGAUUCGGUUUGUCCAUGAAUGCAAGGUUUGGCAGAUCAAGCAUGUAUCAAAAGCCUUCCAAGGUUACUGGCUAUUUUAAAAUGUUAUUUAAAAAAAUUUGUGGAAAAUAGGGCGAUGGCUUAUUUUGCCGGUGCCAUUUCCAUAUCCACACUGCUCAAGUUUCUUAAUACUGCUUCUAGUUUCUACCAAAUGAUUCAGUGUAGAGAUAAUAAACCUUUGAAGAAAUAACAGUGAUCCGUAUUGUUUUUUUUUUUUUUU